AUGAAAUACAAAAAAAGUACGCCAAAUUUGGAAAAACCGUAAUGAUGGUACAGUUAGAACGAGGUCAAAAGGGCUUAGGUUUAAGUCUUGCGGGACACAAGGAUCGUAACUGUAUGGCGGUGUUUGUUUGCGGUUUAAAUCCAAAUGGCGAAGCUUAUAAAAUGGGAGGAAUUGAAGUUGGCGAUGAAAUUUUGGAGGUGAAUGGUAUUGUACUGCAUGGUCGAUGUCAUCUGAACGCAUCAGCAAUUAUUAAAGGCCUAGCUGGACCGGUAUUUAAAAUAGUCAUAUUAAGACGCAAAGCUGCCAUUAACGAUAUUGCCGUCCGUCCUCUAACUCAAUUUCCAGUCACAUUGGAAGAAGAGGAGACGAAUGAAGAGCGAUUUUCCGGAUACCCCAACGUGAGAAACGUGGUUGUAGAAAAAGGAAACCAUAGCUUGGGUAUAAUGAUAAUUGAAGGAAAACAUUCGGAGAUGGGUCAGGGAAUUUUCAUAUCCGACAUCCUGGACGACAGUAUCGCCGAUAAGGCUGGAUUGGAAGUGGGGGAGAUGAUAUUAGCAGUGAAUAAGGAAGUACUUCUAGGAGCUAACUAUGACACUGCGGCCAACACUUUAAAACGUGCUGAAGGGGUUGUUACAUUAGUAUUAUCAAAUCCAAUAAGAAAGCUUGCUUCAAAUGAUCAAAAAAGGGUUACAAUAGACGACCGAUCAGAGAUAAUACCGAACUCAGCGGGUGCAAAGAUUUCGUCCACACCUAGAGCUACAACUCCAAUUCCACCAAUAGACGUUGUACGGCCACCUUCAUCGUUAGCGGAACCCAUUGUUCCAGAAGAUCCGACAACAUGCAGCAUAACACCAGGGAAAGAAACUACGAUUGAAGUGAAAUCAAACAAUCACGCUAUGGGUCUCUUCCUGGUUGGUGGCAAAGACACGCUUAUUUCGGAUAAAAUUAUCGUAUUAGAAAUAUUACCUGGUGGUGCAGCCGAUAAAGACGGUCGCAUACAAGCGGGUGAUCAAAUAUUAGAAGUCAACGGUACUUGCCUGAAGGAUGCUACAAAUGAAACAGCGCUUCAAACUCUACGCCAAAUACUGCCAAAGAUAAAAUUAGUUAUUUUAAGACCAAAGUCUGCUGAAUGUGUUACAAUAGAAGCAGAUUUAGCUAGAAAGCCGGGUAAAGGUUUGGGAUUAAGUGUAAUUGGUAAAGCUUCCGGAAAGGGUGCCUACGUGUCCGAAAUUUUAAGUGGAGGAGUUGCUGACAUCGACGGUAAGAUAACGAAAGGUGAUCUGCUCAUCUCAAUAAACGGACAAGAUGUGGAAAACCUUAGUGCGGAAGAAAUUGGUACAUUGCUUAAAACCAUUACCGGCAGAACUCUUCUCAAACUCCGACGAUAUAAACCAAUUUCUAAUUAAAUCGAAACAAUGCAUAGCUCAAUAUUUUAUAAAUAAUAACUCAAGUCCUUUGUAAAUUAACAUCGAAUUAAAAAAAAAAUGAAUUUUUCCCUAUUUUUACAAGAAUUGUUCGAGACGUUCCCAUUAAUAAUUACCAGACGUUUGUACUUUUCUCUUGGAAACGACGUCGAUAAUUUUUAAUGUGAAAAUUGUACGCUUAUUUAAGGAGAAUACGAUUACUUAGUUGUUACGCCAAAAACCAUGUAUUUUGGUGCAAGUAUUGUAAUACUACUUGAUGAAGUUUAUGACAAAUGUAGGCAGCAUACAUUUCAUUUUCUGUGUAAGGAAUUUCUGACCAAAUAAUUUUAAAUAUCGGCUCAUAUAAGUAAUACACUUCAUACAGUAAAAUAUUGUAGAUUGUGCACUCUUAAUUUAUUUGUUACAUUUGAUGUUCAUAAUUCUCAUCAUGUGCAUGAAUAUUUUUUUAGAAUAUAAGUAGACGAUAUACUUACCUAGUCAAUACCUACACAUACAUAUACUUCUCUUAAUUUCGAAUUACUUGGCGCAUUUAUGCCAAAAUUAUACCAUAUAAGAUACAGAACCGUUUAGUUCCUUUUUCGUGGAAACAAUUUCUUUCCUAAUAUUGGAUGGGAUAUUCGCAUAGUUUGCGAAACAGGCUUUCAUUGUAUAGUGCAUAUAAAGUUAAUGCCUAAUGGCCUGGAAAAGUAGGUACUCUUGCCGUAGGGAAAUGUGUGCAAUAGCUAAUUAUGUUAUCUGUACUGAUUCUAUGGGAAUUCUAACUAGCAAAUUGCAAUGCAAUAAAAUAUUGUCAAUAGCUGUUAAACUGUAGCGCUAUAAUUUUUAAUAUAUUUAGAAAUUAUUUUAUAAAAAAAAACGUGUCAAAAAUCUUAUAUUUAAACAUUUCAAUUAUUAAAGACUACUGUUAACUUUUUAAA